AUGACGGCCCAGCUGACUCAAGAGCUGGCACAGGCGCGAGAGGAGCUCACUCAAGCCCGCAGUGAGCUCGAGCACACCAAGAUACAGCUACACACCAUGACUAGAGCUCAAGAGACCCCAUGGGUCGACCGACAUAGAGGAAGCACCAACCGUCUUAGGGUCAUCAGUAGGAACGAAGGGGAAUUGAAGAAGAUCAAAGACAUCGUCGAAGCAAAGAAAACGCCGGGUGAGAGAGUCCUUCGAGAUCAGCUGUACCCGAUCAAAGUCGACAAUGUCAACCGUACGGCUGUCCUCGACCGCGAGAGCAAGGUCCUCCCUGGGACUGCGGAAGUCCUGGGCCCAGGAAAACGACGUGCAGAUUGCCAAGAUAGCUUGGCUGAGUCGAAAGGACACUGCAAAAGCGCUUCUUUUACGCCGGAGGAGAAUCAGGAUAUACGGGGACGUUCGAACGUCAGAUGCGGCCGGACCAGUGUUACAACUGCCAGCAGAUCGGCCACAAAGCGUUUCAGUGCAGAAACCGUCAAGUGUGCGCCAAGUGUGGCAAGGACGGUCACCACCAUCGCAGCUGCAGCGAAGUGGUUGCCAAAUGCAUCCUAUGCGGCGGCCCACAUGAAUCGUUUAGCAGAAGCUGCCAGAGGCUCUACCCAUCUCGUCAUGAGUAGAACGCUCCACCUAAUCCAGCUUAAUGUGAGAAAGCAAGGUGUGGUGCACGAAAGCUUGAUGAAUGACAAGGACAUUCAGAACGCAACAGUCUUGGCCAUCCAGGAGCCUCAAGCGCGCAGGAUUCAUGGCCGACUUUUGACAACUCCCAUAGGACAUCACAAGUGGAUCAAGAUGGUUCCCUCGACUUGGAGGGAAGGCAGAUGGGCGGUUCGAAGUAUGCUUUGGGUGAAUAAGGACGUGGAGGCGGAACAGGUACCGAUAGGGUCGCCGGACAUGACAGCAGCAAUCUUAAGGCUCCCCGGUCGGCAAGUCCUGGUAGUAUCGGUCUACGUACCAAAUCAGGACCCUCAAGCUCUACGGGAGACGUGCGACAAUUUACGCAAGACAAUCACGGAUGCAAGACGAGACGCGGGCACGACGGUAGACGUGGAAAUCAAGACCAAGAUUGCGAGGGCACUAGACGCCACCCCUUCGGGAGGCGCUGUACAGCAGCAGACAGACCGACUAAUGUCGGCGGUCUUGGAGACGGUCCAAACCCUGACACCGAAAGCGAAACCAUCGCCAUACGCCAAGCGGUGGUGGACAACCGACCUUACACAACUGCGUCGCAUUUACACGUACUGGAGGAAUCGUGCUCGGCCCGAACGACGAGCCGGACGACCCUUGGUGGACUUGGAGGAAAUGGCGAAAGCGGCUGCGAAACAGUACCACGACGCUAUCCGGCAACAGAAGAAAAAGCACUGGGACGACUUUCUUGAAGACAAUAGCAAUAUCUGGAAGGCUGCCAAAUACCUAAAAGAGGAUGAAGGUGCUAGACCGCAGCGAGCUCCCGUAGCAAUGCCGCCGGUCACCAUGGAAGAGGUAGAGCGACAACUAUUCGCAACCAAAUCCUGGAAAGCACCUGGGGAGGACGGCUUACCGGCGAUAGUCUGGAAACAGACUUGGCCAGUGGUCAAGCACCGUGUUCUCGCACUAUUUCGAGCAUCUCUGGAGCACAGCACACUGCCCAGUCAAUGGCGACACGCCAAGAUCAUACCGCUCAAGAAGCCCGGCAAGGAUGACUACAGUGUUGCCAAAGCCUGGAGACCGAUCUCACUUUUAGCAACGCUCGGCAAGCUGCUGGAGUCAGUCGUCGCCGAAAGGAUCUCACAUGCGGUUGAGACAUAUGGGCUCCUCCCGACCAACCACUUCGGAGCGCGCAAGCAACGAUCGGCGGAGCAAGCCCUCAUACUCCUCCAGGAACAGAUUUACACCGCCUGGAGAGGUCGAAAGGUAGCAAGCCUGAUCAGCUUUGACGUGAAAGGGGCCUACAACGGGGUCUGCAAGGAAAGACUUCUUCAGCGGAUGAAGGCACGAGGCAUCCCAGAUGAGCUGCUUCAAUGGACAAACGCCUUCUGCUCGGAGCGCACAGCCACAAUUCAAGUCAAUGGAUAUACAUCCGAGGUUCAAAGCCUACCUCAAGCUGGUCUACCUCAAGGCUCUCCUUUAUCCCCGAUCUUAUUCCUCUUCAACGCGGACCUAGUACAACGACGAAUCGACAGUCGUGGUGGUGCGAUAGCCUUCAUGGAUGACUUUACAGCGUGGAUCACGGGACCGACGGCGCAAAGUAACCGGGAAGGCAUUGAAGCCAUCAUCAGGGACGCCCUAGACUGGGAGACAAGGAGCGGUGCGACCUUCAACGUACAGAAGAUAGCAAUCAUACACUUCACUCGCGUAAUCCAUAAGACCGACGCGCAACCAUUCACGAUCAAGGGGCAGAUUGUCGAGCCUCAGGACCAUGUCAAGAUCCUUGGCGUGCUCAUGGACACAAAACUAAAGUAUAAAAAACACAUUUGGAGGGCUGCGUCCAAAGGUUUGAAAGCAGCUAUGGAACUAAAACACCUCCGAGAGAAUGGCGGCGCAAACUAUGGUGGGGACCUUCCUCACAGUGGCAACGAGCGUAGCGGAAGCGGAAGCUCAUAUUGCCAGCGCACAAGAUCGGUUCUGGUCCAAAACUUCUGGAGACGGGCCAUCAAACUAUGGACCGAUAUUCACACCCUGCCAUACACCAACCCAUUACGCAGAAACACGUCUCGAAUGCGAAAAUUUAGGAAAAUAUACCGCUCGCCACUCUACCAGGUCGCAGACGCACUUGGAGACAUCGCAAUGGACGAGCUGGAAACCAUCGACCCAUUCACCAUUGACGCCCUGGGAGAGCCGUGCACAAACUGUCACCAACAAACUGACGACAACACACCGGAAUGCCGACUACGAUAUACGCAUUGCCGUAAGCAGCUCGGCGCGAAACGACCUAGUGGGAAUUGGCGGAGCUACGACGAUGCCGGCGUCUGUAUACGGCAGCCCAAAUGUUGGAACAUUCUCCUCUACGCUUGGUCCGAGAUCAGAACAGAACCCAUACUCCGGGGAGCUUGCAGCCAUUGA